AUGGGGCCAGGCAAGGAUAUUUUCAAGACACCUGCUAGACGACCUUUUACACGGUCUUUGGUACAAAGAACACCAGACGCACCACAAAAACCAAUCUUCAAGGAUGAGGAGGAGCAGCAGAUAGACGAAUGUCAACUUCAAAUGGAGCACGAAACACUCCAAAAAGAACUCUCUCCCGCAUUCUGGCUGUAUGCGGAGUCCGUCAAAACAGAAACCAUACUCCAAAAACUCGAGAAAUACCGAAACAAGUACCGUGACACCUAUUUCAAGAAUGACGACGACCCCGCCUCAGAGAACGACGAUAUCCUUCAGGUCGUAGACAUGAGUGCAGAGGAUGUAAAGUCCGACGACCCUGUAGAAGAUCACCAAAAUAUCCUUCAGGUCGUAGACAUGAGUCCAGAGGAUGUAAAGUCGAAAAUUGGUAAAUUAACAGCUUUAGCUCCUGAACGUGGCUUCCCAGUGCCAUCAAGGGCCGAGAGCAGUCAGAGGUUCAGCGACACUCUCGAAUCAUGGGUUCUAAAACGUAAUAGAGAAUUCAAGCGCAAAGACACACAUGAUGGUGAACAAUACAAUAUUACUCACGCUCUGCUCACUCGGAUAUAUAAGCUCUGUACGAAGAAAAAACACAUGCUGCUUCGUGAAAUCUACUACUCAAAUACUAAGCUCUACAAAGAUGUGGAAAGAGUGGCUGAAGCUGUUAAUGAUGUAUGUUGUAUGAUCGGCUGCACCAGAAACAGUCUCUAUGUUUCUGCGGGUGAAAAAGGUCUCGUUUAUGGUGACAUUUCUUUCAAGUUGGGUGAAUUGGAUUUUGACGGUCGUUCCGGAGGGAGUCGAGGAAUAACUAUCCCGUCAAACACUAGUUCGAUUAGUGAUAUAAGAAGUAAGGAUCGACUCUACUUUGUAAUAGUCGUAGAGAAAGAUACAGUUUUUGAACGGUUGGCGGAGGAUGGGUUUUGCGAGAAAUACCAUUGCAUAAUAAUAACCGGAAAGGGUAUGCCAGGUGUGGAUACCAGAAUCUUUUUACAUAAAAUAAGCAUUGAGCUACAGCUUCCUGUGUUUGCACUCAUGGACUGCAAUCCGUAUGGACUGCGGAUUUAUUCUGUUUAUCGUUACGGGUCUAAGAAAAUGUCCUAUGACCGUGACAAUUUAACCACACCCUAUAUUCAGUUGUUGGGCAUACGGUACUCGGAUAUUGACAAGUUUAAAAUACCUGCAGAACUUCUCGAGGAGUUGACUGAGAAGGAUAAAGAAACUGCAAUGAGAUUGAUGGGUCGACGACAUUUGAAGGAUUAUCACCAUGACUUGAAAUCCAUGAUUGAGGAAAAUAAAAAGAUACAAAUCGAAGCUCUCUAUUAUGACGACCUUGAAUAUUUGGCUGAAGUUGCUUUGCCCAUGAUGCUUGACGAAAAAUUGACUCAGCUCUUGAAAUGA